AUGCCUCCCAGCAUCCUCGCCGGCAUGCUCGGCCUCGUCUACGUCAACUACUUCUACAAAGUAUACAUCCUAGACCAGUUCGCCGCCUUCCCUGAACCAGUAGCACAACAGCUUCGCAAAGCAAUUUACUUCACGAAUAUGGACCUGCAGCCCCCGCGAGCGCUGAAAUACUACCAGCAAGCCCUUCAAUUAGCUGCGCAGAUGGGAAUGGAUCCGUUCUCUGACGCGAUCUUGGGGGUCAGGAUCGAGAUUGCGUUUUUGUUCGAGAAGGCGAAUGCGCGGCCGGCGGCGAUUAGAGUUUUGGAGGACAUGAGGGAGAAAAUGUCGGAUUGGCUUGAGAAGAGGGAUGAGGAGGGAAACGUUAUUGGGGAACCAGUGGAAGCAAAGCCGGGAGAGGAAGGUGGCGAAGAAGAUGCGGAGAAAGUGCUGGAAAACGUGAGGUAUAGAAGGUUGAGGAGAACGGAAGUGCUGAAAAAGACUGUGAGGAUAGCGGGGAGAUUGGGGGAUUUUUACUCCGAGGGAGUGGCGCUGGAUCCGGAAUUGGCGGAGGAGAGGAUGGUGUGGGCUGUCACGGCGCUGCUGAGAGAGCAGAAGAGGAGGGACGAUGUAGGCGUGAAGGAUGGGGAGGGAGAGUGGUUCGGACAUGAAGAGGUCCGCGCAGCACUCGAGUCGCUGGGGACACACUACGCUUCUCAAAGGAAAAAUUAUCUUGCCGCCCCUCUCUUCCUUCAAGCCCUUGGUGUUGGCGGAAACAAAGACUGCCACGCUGUCGUCACCAUGAAUAAUCUUGCCGCAGCUUUAGCGUUACAAAACCCGGGGAUGAUCUCAGGCCAGCCUGCGGCAUCUGCUACUCAACAACUUGACGAUGCUAGUACGUGGGCUAAAAAGGCGCUGCAGCUCGCACAAGAGAUACGACCACCGCAACGGACGGAGGAAUGCGAUGAGGGCUGUGCAGUUGCUACAGUCAAUCUAGGUGAUUUUGCUGCACUCGGAGGCAACACUCUACAGGCGAGGGCGUACUACAUAGAGGGCAAAAGCUUGAGCAAAGGGAUAGGGUUUCAAGAAGGUGUCGCGAGGGCAGAUAAGGCUUUGAUGGAUAUGAGCAAACAGAGGUGA